UGGCUGGCGUUCGGGCGCUGGACGGCUCUGCCUCGGCUGAGCUCGGGCUGCGGCUCCGGUGGGGGUGGGUGGCGGGGAUGACAGCGGAGGUGGCAGCGGCGCGGCGCUGAGCGAGCGGCGAGCGAGCGGGGGAAGAGGAGGAAGUGGAGCCGCGCCCGGGAGCUCGGGAGUCGGCCGCUGCGCCGAGCGAGGUCCGCCCCGUUUUGCAGAGCGAGCCGAGUCGGGACCUGGAAAGACUUCCCCGCGGGGCUCUGGCCGCCGCGCCUCCCCGCCGGCGCCUGCACUGCCCUGCCCGUCCCAGCCCCGCGGUCCGGGGCGUGCGGCCGGGACGCGCGGAGCCCCGGCCCUGACCCGCUGCGCCGGGACGGGACGCUCCUAACCCCGCCGGACGGGUCCGUGGUUGCAGGGUCGCUCCGCGCCUUUCCAUCAGUGAGGGUCGGAACCCCAGCUCCAGGGCUAGCGCAGUGUGGCCCCAGGCCCUCGCCUCCGGUACACGGGACCCCGGACGCCCCCAGCUUCUGGCUCCACGAGACCCCAACCUUCAGUUGGAACAGCUUGGAACAGAGCGAGCGCCCGGGAAGCCCUGGUCGGGUCGUGCGCUCCGUGAGGGGUCCUAGGCGGGCAGGAUAGUCGGACCGAACCGCCGGGCUGGUGCCGCGAGCCCAGGCUGUCACCUUCGUCCCGCCUCAGGCGAGGGGUUCAGCGCCUGCCCCGAAGAUAACACAGGGGUCCCCUUCUGUCCCGGCGGCCCGCGAGAGCCAAGGCUGCAGCUCUCCCAGUGAAGUGAUAUCACCGCCUCUGUGGACAAGAUACCUCCAGGAGCCCAGCUCACAGCCACUGGUACCUUCUUCCAGGACAAGCUGGGGGCCUCCAUGGGCGCCUGAGGGCCAGGCGCCAGGGCCGUGGGCACGAGUAUGGUGAGACACCAGCCCCUGCAGUACUACGAGCCACAGCUGUGCCUCUCCUGCCUCACGGGCAUCUACGGCUGCCGUUGGAAGCGCUACCAGCGCUCCCAUGAUGAUACCACACUGUGGGAGCGCCUGUGGUUCCUGCUCCUCACCUUCACCUUCGGCCUCACGCUCACCUGGCUCUACUUCUGGUGGGAAGUCCACAAUGACUAUGAUGAAUUCAACUGGUACCUCUACAACCGCAUGGGCUACUGGAGUGACUGGCCCGUGCCCAUCCUUGUGACCACAGCUGCUGCCUUCGCAUACAUCGCUGGCCUCCUGGUCCUGGCACUAUGUCACAUUGCCGUGGGGCAGCAGAUGAACCUGCACUGGCUGCACAAGAUCGGGCUGGUGGUCAUCCUGGCUUCCACGGUGGUGGCCAUGUCGGCCGUGGCCCAGCUGUGGGAGGAUGAGUGGGAGGUGCUGCUGAUCUCCCUGCAGGGCACAGCGCCAUUCCUGCAUGUGGGGGCCCUGGCAGCAGUCACCAUGCUGUCCUGGAUCGUGGCAGGACAGUUUGCCCGUGCAGAGCGGACCUCCUCCCAGGUGACCAUUCUCUGUACCUUCUUCACCGUGGUGUUUGCCCUCUACCUGGCCCCUCUCACCAUCUCCUCUCCCUGCAUCAUGGAGAAGAAGGACCUCGGCCCCAAGCCUGCUCUCAUUGGCCACCGCGGGGCCCCCAUGCUGGCUCCAGAGCACACACUCAUGUCCUUCCGGAAGGCCCUCGAGCAGAAGCUGUAUGGGCUCCAGGCUGACAUUACCAUCAGCCUGGACGGCGUGCCCUUCCUCAUGCAUGACGCCACCCUGCGGCGCACCACCAACGUGGAGGAGGAGUUCCCGGAGCUGGCCCGCAGACCUGCCUCCAUGCUCAACUGGACCACCCUGCAGAGACUCAACGCUGGCCAGUGGUUCCUGAAGACUGACCCCUUCUGGACGGCCAGCUCCCUGUCACCCUCCGACCACAGAGAGGCCCAGAACCAGUCCAUUUGCAGCCUGGCAGAGCUCCUGGAGCUGGCCAAGGGCAAUGCCACACUGCUGCUCAACCUGCGCGACCCGCCCCGGGAGCACCCCUACCGCAGCAGUUUUCUCAACGUGACUCUGGAGGCCGUGCUGCACUCCGGCUUCCCCCAGCACCAGGUCAUGUGGCUGCCUAGCAGGCAGAGGCCCCUGGUGCGGAAGGUGGCUCCCGGCUUCCAACAGACAUCAGGCUCCAAGGAGGCAGUUGCCAGCCUGCGGAGAGGCCACAUCCAGCGGCUGAACCUGCGCUACACUCAGGUGUCCCGCCAGGAGCUCAGGGACUACGCGUCCUGGAACCUGAGUGUGAACCUCUACACAGUCAACGCGCCAUGGCUCUUCUCCCUGCUGUGGUGUGCGGGGGUCCCAUCCGUCACCUCUGACAACUCCCACACCCUGUCCCAGGUGCCCUCCCCCCUCUGGAUCAUGCCCCCGGACGAGUACUGUCUCAUGUGGGUCACUGCCGACCUGGUCUCCUUCACCCUCAUCGUGGGCAUCUUCGUGCUCCAGAAGUGGCGCCUGGGUGGCAUACGGAGCUACAACCCUGAGCAGAUCAUGCUGAGUGCUGCGGUGCGCCGGACCAGCCGGGAUGUCAGCAUCAUGAAGGAGAAGCUCAUUUUCUCAGAGAUCAGCGAUGGUGUAGAGGUCUCCGAUGUGCUCUCCGUAUGUUCAGACAACAGUUACGACACAUAUGCCAACAGCACUGCCACCCCUGUGGGCCCCCGAGGGGGUGGCAGCUGUGCCAAGACCCUCAUAGAGUGAAGUGGGCGUUAGCUGAAGACAUGUCUGUCCCACCUGUACCUGACACAGAAGCUGGGGAACCUAGGAGAGCUGGUGGAAGCAUGUCUGAACUCAGAGGAGUGCUCUGGGAACAGGCUCCGCAGCCUCCUUGUGGGCUCCAGCCCCUUGUCAGCCGCAGCCUCUCGAGGGGGACUCCCUGUCACCUGAGGCCCAGCUGGGCCAGGACUCCAUCCUUUCAGAUGCCCCUGCAGGCCUGGGGCUCCUUCUGGGAAGUAUGGGGCCUAGGGCUUGGUCUCCCUCUUCUGAGGCCCUUUCCUGUAUCCCGACCUGGAAGCUUUGAUGGGUCAUGGGCCAUGCCAUGCCCCCUGUGGCAAUGGAGGGUGCGGAUGCUCACCUGUGCCGUCUGUCCUCCUGUCUACCACGAGGCACCUGAGUUCUCUGCUGUUAUCCUGCCCCAAGGGCCUGGACCGAGCCUCUACCUGAAGCAACUCUGCUCUUCCCGUCAGUCUCAAAGCACAAGGAGGUUCAACCCAGGAGGAAGCCAGCUGCAAUGUGGAGACACGUCCUCCUCCCCAACCCACCUCAUGCCACCACCAACCCCCUGCCCCAGGAGCGGGCCUGAGCCAUGUCCCCUAGGAGCAGCUGGAGAUGGCCAGAAGAGUGAGCUCAGGACUACUGGAUCCCAUGCCCAGGUGUCCAGCAGACCUCAGGGCAGAAGAGUCACCUAAUCCGGGAGUCCACAGACUGAUGUGACCUCAGGUUCCCACAUCAGUGGCCACAGGGCAGGGCCCACCUGAUAGAGGUGUUCUGGACAUGGUCAGGUGGGUGUGUGGCUAAGUAGGCCUGCACAGAGGUCUGAACCCAAGGGCCUUGGCCAAUGUGAUUAAAGCUGCCAUCUUGA